CGUAAUUGUGAUGAACAACCCAAAGAAAAUAGAGAGAAAACGUGCUAUACAUGUGGUAAACCUGGCCAUUUGGUUACUAGAAACUGUGAUGCAGAUCAAGAUAACGAUGAUAAAUAUAAUUCAGGAUAUGGAUCUAAAGGAUCUGGAAGCGGUGGAAGAUGCCAUAAAUGUGGACAAGUAGGUCAUUUUGCGCGUGAUUGUACAGAUUAUGGUAACGGAGGUGACUAUGGAAGCCGUGGGAAAUGUAAUAGUAGUAAUAGCAAGAAAUGCUAUAGUUGUGGCGAACAUGGACAUCUUCAACGAGAUUGUGAUAAGGAACCAAAAUGCUAUAAUUGUGGUCUUCCCGGUCAUCAAAGUAGAGAUUGUGAUUUACCACCAGAUUCUAAAGUUUGCUAUAAUUGUAAACAGGUAUGA